AAGAGACCGUGUCUUGAUGAAGCUCUACUCGCAAGGGUCCGAGGUUAGCGUGAAAGCCACAUUUGAUGUCAGAUUCAACCACAGAUCUAGGUAGAAUUCAACUCGCGACAACCCCUCAUACAUAAUCUUCUCCAACAAAAUAGAUUAGGAAGAUAUUGCAAAGAUGGCACAGGUUCCUGUGCAGACGAUCCAUAGGGAUCCCCAGUUAUUCUACUGGAUCUUGAUACCUAUUACUAUUGUUAUGAUUCUGACUGGUAUCCUUCGUCACUAUGCUACCGUUCUUAUGGCCACUACUCCCAAAAAACAAGAACUUCCAGCUAUUCGCGAACAACGAUCCUUACUUCGAGGUAUCAACCUUCGUAAUAACGCUCAUGUUCUUACUCCCGCCUCUUUCCAACCACGCAGAGACUAUAUCGUACAAGCCUUCGAAGAAGGAAAGUUCUUGAAGGAGCCAGAGAAGAAGGGACAAGCAGCUCCAAAUCCAAUGACUGAUCCAGCGGCUAUGGAGGGAAUGAUGGGCAUGAUGAAGGGAAAUAUGUCUAUGAUGAUCCCACAGACUUUGAUUAUGGGAUGGAUCAAUGCAUUUUUCAGUGGAUUUGUUAUUAUCAAAUUGCCAUUCCCAUUGACGAUUAAGUUCAAGAGUAUGUUGCAAGCUGGUGUAGCUACCAGAGAUAUGGAUCCACAAUGGAUGUCUUCCAUUUCGUGGUAUGUUCUUUGUAUCUUUGGAUUACAAUCUGUAUUCAACUAUCUAUUGGGAAGCGAUAAUGCUGCAAGUCAAAUGGCCCAACAAAUGGGUCAAAUGGGUCCAGGGGCAGGUGCACAAAUGUUCGGACCAGGUGUAGACCCCGACAAGCAAUUCCAAGGCGAGGCUGAGAAUUUAUCUGUCUUGGCUCACAAGAGUACAUUAGAGGGCGUAGAACAGAGAUUAUUGGAAAGCGUGAGGGUGUAA